CACACCUUCGUCUUUCACAUUUCCUCCUCUGCUGCAGCGUAGCCUUCCUUGACGCCCUCCUUUGGCAAGGCCACAGUCAAGCGGUCGAUGGAGGCGGCCGGAAUCCGCGCGGCGGCAUGGGUGGUGGGCAAGGCGCUCAGCCCACUGUCCGGCGGCGUGCUGGAGUCGUGGGCAGCGAGCAACAAGCUCGGGUCUAACAUCGAGGCUCUGAAAACGGAACUGUUGCGCGCACAAGCCGUGCUGAACAUUGCCGGGGGCAGGGAAAUCCAUAACCCCGCCCUGGCUAAGAUGCUGGACAAGCUGCGGCAGCUGGCCUACGGCGCCGAAGACGUGCUGGACGAGCUCGACUACUUCCGCAUCCAGGAUGAGCUCGACGGCACCUACCAUGCCGCCGACGAGCAUCCUGCAGGCUGCGUCCGCAACCUCGCCCACAACGCUGGCCACACGGCCAAAGCGUGUGUGAACAAACUCAAGUGCUCGCAUGCUGCGAGUCGCCAAGAUCCCAACAAGAGCGGCAAACAAGGAUGCCUCUCGGGCCUCCGCUUUUGUGGAGGCCAGCGCGAGAUCGGAUCCUCAUCAAGGUCAACCCCUAACAAAGUCAGUAAACACUUCUCCUGCUUCUCCUCGUCACCAUCCGUCGACCAUGAAGCUCAAACCGACAUGACUCGAAAUGACCCACCAAAAUUGACGUUUGAUAGGGUGGAAAUGUCUAGAAAGAUCUUGGACGUCACAGACCAGCUCAAGCCGGUGUGUGCUAAUGUCCGUGACAUUCUUAGUCUAGAGCCACAGAACUCUAGUGGCAUCGCUACCCAAAACAUUGCAAUAAGCAGACCCAUGUCCACCGAGCUAAUUAUAGAGCCUAAGUUAUAUGGAAGGGAAAGCCAUAAGAAGAUUAUUGUAGAUGAAAUUGUUAACAGCGAGUGUCGUGGACUUACUGUGCUUCCAAUUGUUGGCCCCGGGGGUAUCGGGAAGACAACUUUCACACAACAUAUAUAUGAGCAAAUGAAGAGCGACUUCCAGGUAUCCAUUUGGAUAUGUGUCUCUCUCAAUUUUGAUGCAAAUAGAUUGACAAAAAAAAUUGUGGAGAAAAUCCCCCCAGUUGGAAAUGAAAACAAAAAUUGUAGUGAUCAAGAGCUCAUCGAACAAAGGUUAAAAGGAAAGCGGGUUUUACUUAUCUUAGAUGAUGUGUGGAAACAUA